AUGGUUUGUAAGAUUUUCAAAGACCAAGGUGUGAUUCUGACCGCACUUUAGGUCUAUCUGCAUUAUUCUCAAUGGCAGAGACUUCUAUAACUACACUUGUGGCCAUGGAAGAAGGAGAUCCAGAAGAAAAUUGGCUAUAUUGUAAUGAGAGCAGAGGGAGUAUAUGAUGUUGAUGCCAAUACAUCUAUUUAUUUGCCAUCUGAGGACUUGAAUAUCAAAAUGCCAGAGGAACAUCAGUAUGAGACAGUAUCUGGUUUUUUAUGCGAAGGAUAUGGAUACAUCCCUAGAGCUUGUGAGAGCAUCAUAGUUGUCCUCAAAAGGGAUAAUCAAGAUGAUGAUGAUGAUAAACACGAUGAAGAUGGAUCCAAUCAUCGAGAUGGUGAAGAUGCUACUGAUGAUGACACGCCAAGUACCUCUGGACGCCAAUUUGCAGACUCUCAUGUUUCUAAGCGUUUUGGCCAAUCUCCCCUACCUGCUUAUGAACCAGCUUUCGACUGGGAAAAUGAGAGGUCAAUGAUAUUUGGCCAGAGGACUCCAGAGACCCCUGUGGUACACCAUGGCAGAGUCUAUGAUAUCUUGUCUGCUGGGAUGGGUGGCCUUACUGGAUUGAAGAUCUCUGUGAAAGUUCUGUCCCUUACGUUUCAAGCUGGAAUCGUUAGUUAGUGUUCUUUCCCUGUUAUCCACAAGCUGCUGCAUCUCUAUGAUGUUAAAGAUACUGCUUUAUUUCAUUAUUUUUUGCACUCUUAAGAUUUCUGACCUUGUUCCCUCUAUUUGUCUCAGAGCCAUUCUAUGGUACAAUUUGCUUAUACAAUAGGGAGAGAAGAGAAAAAUUGUCAAGAAGAUUUCUAUUAUAGCGUUCUACCAACUGAAAUGCAGGAUGAACAUCAGUAUGAGACAGUAUCUGGUUUUUUAUGCGAAGGAUUUGGAUACAUCCCUAAAGCUAGUGAGAGCAUCAAAGUUGUCCUUGAAAGGGAUAAUCAAGAUGAUGAUGAUGAUGAUGAUAAGCACGAUGAAGAUGGAUCCAAUCAUCAAGAUGUGAAGGCAAUCAUGUAGUCUCUUCCAUGUGUAACUUUCUGAAAUGAAUGCUAUUAUGAGGGCAUGCAUUUGUUCAUGGAGGAAUCUGCUUUUAUAUUGCUCAUCCUAUUAGAUGCUUCAUUUGGUGGCUCAGUUUGCUAAAUUAAACUUAGCAACUGAUAAUAAUAACUCACAUGCUCCAUUUUUGCGUGACAUUCAAGUUUAAACAUUUUUUCUGGAAAAUAAAUUAUACAUGUGAUA